UGCUCUCAGUCCCCAUCCGGCAAAUUUGAGCCCAUAGCCCACCCGCAGCAGGGAAUUCUUCCCGUCCAUGGCCAUGAGGGUCGACUCGGCAAUCCUCGCCGUCGUCGUCGCCUUCCUCCUCCCCCUCCGCCUGCUCUCCCUCUUCGCCCGCCUGAAAUCCUCCGGUAGCGCAGGCGAUCUCUGCCGAUCCUGCACCGCCCUCGCCAUCGCGGCCGCGCUCCUUGCCACCUUCUUCGCCCUACCCCGCUACGACGGCGGUCGCACGGGGCAGUGCACCGCCCCCGUUGGUUUCGCUUGGGAGGAGGGUACCGGCCGAGAGGUUCGGUUGGAAAUCGAGCAGCUGAAGCUGCAGCUCAACCGAUUGGAAUCAUUAUGGGAAAACAAUUCAAAAGCACCAGAUGACAAAGGUGAUGCUUCAGAGGAAGAUGCCGAGUUUGUGAAAGCGAUGGGACUGGACAUUCAGGCUCUGAUCAAGGAACAAGAAAACAUCAAGGAAUCAUUAUGGAGUUCUGGCGGUACUAUCAAAUCAGUCGAAAAUGAGGUACGAAUUCUGGCGGCAGAAUCCAGAAAGAUGAACUCUGAUAUUUACAAUGUGUGGUCAUUGGCCAACGAUACAGAGAAAACGGUUGAAGCUCUACAUUCAGAUGUCCAAAAGGCUCAAAUUAUAAUGGAUGAAUCAAGGAAGAUGAACUCUAAUGCUCACCAGAUAUGGUCAUUGGCAAAGGAUACAGCAAAAAAGGUCGAAUCUCUGUAUACAGAUGUUGCAAAGGUUCAAAGUGUAAUUGAUAUAUCAAAGAUGGAAUCUAAUAUACACAAAGCGUGGUCUUAUGCAAAGCAGACAGAGAAGAGGGUUGAAGAUAUAUAUUCAGAUGUCAAAAAGGGCUUCAAGAAGAAGGCCUGGAUGAGCUGAUUGCGCCGUCGACUUGAUGGGCUAGCAUUGGCCUGGGCAUGGAGUAAUGGAGUAGAGAAGCCACCCGGCCUUGCGUCUGCGAACCUGUAAUGCUCCUUGAUAUUGUAUGACACGUUUACGGUUGUGUCGUGCGUGUUGUGGACAUGAUCUUGCUGUGUUUCUGAUCUGACUCGCUUCCUGUUUCUGUGUCGUCAUGGUAAUGUAUAUAUUGAUGAUGUACGGCGUUAAUGCAAUAACAUGCGACUUUCAGGACUCCG